UAAGCAGUUAGUAAUCCAGUAAAGCUGUUGAAAGAGAGAAAUAGAGCCAUAAAGUUAAGACUUGGGUUAUAAGGCAACCUGUGUAAGCCAGUUUUAUAUUGGUCAUAAUCUACAGUGAACUUCAAAAUGGAGAGAUCUCAGACUUGUAAAGGAAUAUUUAGAUAAAUUGCAACAGAUUGCUAUAUUGCAAAAGCUUUCUGGAAACACUUUAAAUCAUGAUAAGCCAUAAGUGAAAAUGUGACAAAGGCUGAAUUCAGUUAGAAACACCUCACAUCUGAAAUACUGGAAUGAAUUUAAACUGGAAAAAAAAAAAGAAAAUGAAGAGGGAAAGUAGCAAUUUUGUUGUUCUCCCUUUAGACUCCAGUCUUAAAUUACUUAAGACAUUUGACCUGUCUUCUCAAUAGUUCUGACUGAAAAACAAUCUGAUAGGAAGGACCUGGAGCUGGAGCAAAGUAAUUUUUAAUUAGGAAGUUUGGAAAUGGGUCAGGAUAAUAACUUAAGAAAUCAGCUACCAUAAGAAGUCUGCUUCCAUUUAAUUCAAUUUGAGAGAAUAUGAUAUAAAUUACAUCACAGAUAAAAUGAACCAAUAGCUUUUUGCUAGUUCUUUCAAAUGUGGUGUGAAACUCAGUAAAAAAUGCACUUUUUGCUAACAUCUAUAAAAUCAGAAAAAGAUUUUUUAUGAAACUCGUCAUUUUCUGAAUUAACCUCAACUUCAAACAAUUUUUUUUUCAUUUAAGGACCAUUGUACUUUCUUUCCAAAUUGAUAUUUAGUUAAAACAGGUGUUAUUUUGGCAGCUGCUUUUAAGCUGGUAGGAUUUUUUAUAUCUGGAUGAUAGAGAUAAUCAGAAAGUGUUUUUUACCUUUUUCACUAUUUGAGGCACAGUUUAAUGAUUCUCAGUAUAUUUUGUAACUCGUUAAUUUUUGGCAUCCUCUCUCCAACACAGGCCAAUAUGAUUCAUUCUUUCUUUGAGCACAAUUAGCUGUGAAAACAGAUCUUAGACUCUUUUUUUGCAAAGGAUUAUUGAAGGUAGGAAAUGCAGGUGAUUAUCAGAGUUUGCCUUUGAUACAGACAUCCUGCUCCUCUCUGAGCCCUUUGAACUCACUUUGAUAUGCAAUAAUUAGGAGGGAUUCAGCCCCAGGAGGAGAAGAAGCUGCUGCAGCCCUGCCUCCUCUCUCACUCUAUUGAGUCCUUGUUUUGAACUAUUGAUCAAACAGAUUUGAAGGGAUUUGUUGAAGCCUGUGUGGGCUAAAGAGGAAGGAAAUGUUGGGGGGGGGAGGAUGAGAGAAAUGGGCACAUCUGGCUAUAAAUACUCCAGGAAGGAGCCUACUGGUCAGGUUUCAUUCAUCACAUUUCACACUCAUUACUUAGCCCUGAAAUUCUCUAUUGCAGAGGAAGCUUUGCAAGACUUUAUAUUUUUAUAUCUUGGCAAAACUAAUUACUAGUUUGCAGGAGCACGUGCAGAGAGGCAGGUAGUGAGUGAAAUCUGCAAGCAAGUCUCCUAAGAAUAGCAAACACUGGGAUCUGCAUACCUGAAGAAUGGUGGUAGUUUUCUUGCUGGGACUAAGUUAUUUGUGCUCUCCCCUGGGAGCCUUGGUUCUGGAUUCUAAUACCAUCAAGAGUUCUGCUGAGGUACAAGACCCUCGGAAGGGUUCUUCACAGUGCUUGAAUGACAAGGAUUGUGGUUCCAAAAAAUUCUGCCUCAAAUCCAGAGAUGAAAAGCCAUUCUGUGCAAUGUGCCGGGGGUUACGGAAACGAUGCCAGCGUAAUGGCAUGUGUUGUCCAGGGACUCUCUGUGUCAAUGAUGUUUGUACACUCAUUGAGGAGACAAGCCCAAUCCUGGAGAGAAAUGAUGGCCAAGAAGGCUUGGAUUCCAAGGUGACAACCCAGCAUCCAAUUCAAGAAAGCAAACCCAAAAAGAAGCCCGACAUUAACAAAGCCCAAGGCAGCAAAGGGCAAGAAGGCGAAAGUUGUCUACGAACUUUUGACUGCAAUCCUGGACUUUGCUGUGCUCGUCAUUUUUGGACAAAAAUUUGUAAGCCAGUCCUCCUGGAGGGGCAAGUUUGUUCUAGACGUGGCCAAAAAGAUGGUGCUCAAGCUCCAGAAAUUUUCCAGCGUUGUGACUGUGGUCCUGGACUGUUUUGCCGAAGUCAAAGUACUGGGCCUCGAAAACAUUCACGUUUAAGAGUCUGCCAAAAAAUCUAGUCUCCAAAUACUUGGAAUCUUUGGAAACACAAAACUCAAACUGAUUCUUAAAGCCUUUAAUAUUGUAAUAGGAUCAUGCAACACUUGAAGUAAGUUAAAGCUAGACUAUCUGAUACUUUGAAACUACUACUGUAAACCAUGGUGGAAAAGGAGCUGGUUCUUUGUCUGUGUUCUUCAAUGUACAUGAAAACUGAGGUCCCUGAAAACAAAAAAAUGUAGUUUUAACCUGGUGACUCAAUUAAUAACAAACCAUUAAGUGGUUUCUUGACAGAUACGGAAGAAAAGUAAGGGGGUUUGAAGGCAGUAGUAAAUCAAUUCCUGCAGACUUACAAUGAAAAUAACCCUCACAAAUAUUGGUAAACCAAACACCUGCUGUUUUGAUACUGAUUUCUCAUCCACUAACACACAAAUGCCAUAUCGUCAUGUAUAGGUGAAAUUAUAUGACAGUUUAAAUUAAAUACAGUAUUAGAAAAAAAGUUUUGCUUAGCAGAUGACUUAUUUUUGUGUUAUAGAAUUAUAACUCCCAAGGAAUUCUAGAACUGAAAAUACACAUUUCACCUCAAAAAACAUGGUGUUCAUACUUCUGAUCUUUAUCCAUAACAUCUGAAUGAUAAUGCCAAGAAAAAGUGAAGAGGACAUAAUUUAGUGGGUAAACACAGAAAGAUGAACUAGUUUGAUUUAGAAGCCAAUUUACUAGUGCCAGUUUCUUUUCAAGGGAAAUUGCAGCUGUUUGGGUCACAAGUAUUAGUUAUGACUAAAAUAUGAGAAUAACAGAAGAAUGAAAUGGAGCUAAAAAAACCAAAACCCUAAUUUCUAGAAGAAUAAGCCAUUGUUUCCUGAAGCCCAGGCACAACAUAUCUGACUGAAGUACAGACAGGAUCUAGGAAGAAACACUGAAAAAUCCUUAAGUGGGGCAAAAAGUGGCAGAGUAAAGUCUCUUGCAGAGAUCAACCAGUUUUCCUUUUCUCUCCUCAUAAUAUUUAUCUUAAACUCUUCAUAAAGAAUAAAGCUGAAUAAAAUAUGUAUACUUAAAUUGAUCUAUUUGCUAAUUAAAUAAGAAUAAUACCACUUGAUUGUGCCGGAUAGUUUAAUGAUUACAAGGCUAGAGAGUGAAAAGGAAGCUAUUAUUUAUAAA